GAAACUUAACAUCACUGCAACACAUUUGCCUACCACGACAAUUUUUAUAUCUUUUUGAUAUGCCUAGAGUCGCGCAAGACCCAAGUGCGAAGAGAGGUAGAGUUGCUUCUGGCUCUUUGCCAACUCCUGCAAAAUCUCCCGUGAAGGUACCUUUGAAUGAUGCAUCGCCAGUGAAGCUGGCUCUCAAUGAUGAUGCGCGAGAAAAAGCAAAACGAUUGAAAUCGAGAAAUGCCCACCAUGAAACUCAGAUGAACGAAAUUAAAAAGGCCGCGACUCCACGAAAAUUAUUGAACUUUGAACGAGCAGGAAGCUCCUCGCCGUCGGUAAACCACAGAACUCCCGGCCGAGCAGGAAAAGAGAAUGAUUUGGAUGGCGGGGUUAUGAUGGUGGGAGGAAACGCAGUCACUCCCAUGAAGCGUGUUCCAAUUCUCGCAAACUUUGAGGAAUGGAUGAAGAUGGCUACAGACAACAAAAUCAAUGCUGCGAAUUCUUGGAACUUUGCGCUCAUUGAUUAUUUCCAUGACAUGUCACUUUUGAAAGAGGGUGAUGGGGUCAAUUUUCAAAAGGCGAGUUACACUCUUGAUGGGUGUGUAAAGAUUUAUACGAGUCGAGUCGACAGUGUGGCUACAGAGACCGGCAAGCUCUUGAGUGGAUUAGCAGAUAGCGGGAACAAUAAGAAGAAAAGGGGCGAAAAUGAGGAAGGCGAGGGAGAUGAGAGUGAGGAAGAGAUAGAAGAUGAAGAUGGAGUUGUUAGGAAGAAGGCAAAAAAAAGGACUCAGCGUUCGUCGGAAGCAACUCUUGCAACUUCAUUCUCGGCAUUGCAAUUGAAGAAGUUCGAACUCGAAUUCUCCGUUGAUCCUUUAUUCAAAAAAGCAUCCGCAGACUUCGAUGAAGGUGGUGCUAAAGGCCUACUUUUAAAUCACCUCUCUAUCGACUCUAAAGGGCGUAUCGUUUUUGAUAGUAGCGAUGAUGCAGGUGACGCUUCGGCAGAAGGACGGGGUAGAAGGCGAAAGGGUGAUGCCAUUGAAGAGGACGAGGAAGAUGUUUUAGAAUCAGCAAAUGUUACUCUAAAGGAUGAUGAGGACGACGAAGAUGAUGGAGAUGACGUGGAGAUAGAUGUGGAAGCUUUAGGAGUCAAAUUUUUCCCAAACUUGGAUUUCCUUGAAGAACAAGACAUUUGUCCAUCAUUGAAGAAUUUUGACCUUGGAGAUCCUUCUGGUUCUAUGGAUAUUCCAUUCUUAAAGGCACCAGAAGAUUGGCGACAAGAGAAAGACAAGUCGGAUGAUAAUGGCGUUGGUGAUAGGUCAGGAAUUUUCCUUGACGAUGAUAACCCCAUCGGAUUCGAUGAUGAUGAUGAUGGACUUCUUGGAAAUUUUGAUAUUCCAGAUGAUGCUGGGUUUGGGGAAGGUGGUGAAGCUUGGGCUCGUGACGCCGCAAUCGAACCACGCAUGCGAGUUCACGACGUGGGGUACGAUAAUGAUGGGGGUGAUGGUGAGGAUGGAGAAGGAGGCGCUGGUUCAUUCGACCCCGAAACCGGCGAGUACAUUAUCUCUCUUGAUCGUGGGUCAAAGAAGGAAGGCGGCCAUGAUGACAUUUUGAGUUAUUUUGACGAGGCACUACAAAAGAAUUGGGCGGGUCCUGAACACUGGAGGAUACGAAAGAUCAAAGAUGUCAACAAACCAGCAGUUACCAAGCCGCGCAAGGAGAAAGAGCCAUUUGAAAUCGACUUCAUUUCUCCUUUAAAUUCCACUUUGGCGGAAACCAUUUACACUCAUGCACCAACCAAUGCUACGAUAUCUUUACCAAAGAAGGAUUGGAAGUCUAAGACAAGAAAUCUUCUUCCCGAUGACAAGCAUUUCAACUCCAAACAACUGUUACGCCUUUUCCUCAAACCUAAAGCUAGGAUGGGUAGUCGAAAAUCUGGGUUCGGUGCCAAACCCGGAACUUUCGGUCAAAAGAAGGAAGAUGAUAUCCCUGAAGGCGAGAUUGGUGAAGAUUAUUGGGCACGAAAAGAAGAACCCGCUCACACAUUAGAGGAUGAAGCCCCACCUCAUGGGGAUUAUGACGCCAACUUCUUUCAAGAUGACGGUUUGGCAAUGCCAGGUAUAGAUGAUGAUGACGAUAUGGAAUUCGCCGACGCACGUGAACAAUUUUCACCUGGAGCUGAAGGACAAGGUGUAGGUAUUGGUGGUAUUGCUGCCAUAUUGAAUGCUGGAGCUCAAGGCGUGGACGGGGAAGAGGGCGCGUUUGGUGCACAGCUGGUCACACAAAGUAGAAGAUUAAGGCCCGAAUAUGUGCAAUAUGCUAGGGUUGCCAAGAAGGUUGAUGUCAGGAGGUUAAAGGAGGAAUUAUGGAAGGGCAUUGGAUUUAAUGAGCCUGAACAACCAGACAUGUCACUUUCUUCAUCUCGACUCCCAACCGCACCUGUCAAAAUUCCUACGGAUGAAAACGAGACCCUCCAGUUCACAACAGUUAUGCAAAACCUUCAGACUGUAUAUCCAAAACAAGUUUUGAAUGAUAUUUCGACUAGUUAUUGUUUUAUCUGUCUUCUGCAUUUGGCCAACGAGAAGGGUCUUGUCAUUGAGAAGAAAGAAGGUUUAAUGGAAUUGGAUAUCAGGAAAGAUCCAACUGCUGAAAUUACAGUCGAGUAAUCAUGGCAACUUGAGGUAUGAUGAACUUUGGACAUAAGGAUAUGCAAUGGGCGUUUGAACGGGAUUUACUGAUCAUCAUCUGGUCUGUUUUGAUUUCUGUUUCUUUGGAAGUUUCUACUCGUGGGAGUGCGGUUACAUUGUGACCUCAGGGGUCGAGGUACAUUGGUACGAUUGUACUGUAUGGGAGUGGAGAAUCUUUGAGUGUGUAUGGUACGGCAUGAAUUGAAAAGAUCAGUUGGGAUUGAUGGUACAAUUAAGAUUAUGAUGAUAAUGAUGAUGAUUUUAAGAAGAAAAAAGAAAUAUUUUUGUGAAGACUAGAUAGAGCUACUGGUGUUAUGUGUCUUGAUAUUUAAACUAGCUAUAAACUAAUUUAUCGCAAGAUAGGUCCUCCGUUGCUUCGUUUUUGUAUGGAUACAUACUAGAUCAGACGGAAACUGUCUAAUUUCUGGCUUGAUUUUCUAGAAUCCUUUAUAGGACGACUAAUGUUCUGCUCCUCGUCGUA